AUGGGGAGCAAAGGUGGCAUGUUCAGGUACGCUGAUGGCGUCGACAAGUUGCUAAUGUUGUUUGGUACUCUGGGUAGCAUCGGAGAUGGGCUGAUGAAUCCACUGACUAUGUUUGUUCUCAGCGGCGUGAUCAACGAGUAUGGAAGCGCUCAACUUUCAAUUUCUAUUGAUGUGGUAAACAAGUACUCACUCAGGCUGCUCUAUGUUGCCAUUGUAGUGGGAGUAUCUGCUUUCGCUGAGGGUAUUUGCUGGACAAGAACAGCAGAGAGACAGACAUCUCGCAUGAGAAUGGAAUAUCUGAAAUCCGUCAUGAGGCAAGAAGUUGGUUUCUUUGACAACCAAACAGCUUCAUCCAAUACUUUCCAAGUUGUUUCUACCAUUUCCUCUGACGCACAUUCAAUCCAAGACGUUAUAGCCGAGAAGAUCCCCAACUGCCUGGCUCACCUCUCAACAUUCAUAUUCAGCCUUGUAGUAGCCUUCCUAAUAUCAUGGCGAUUAGCAUUGGCAGCUCUUCCAUUCUCACUCAUGUUUAUCGGUCCAGGAGUAGGAUUUAGGAAGCUUAUGACGAGCCAAGGGAUAAGAACAAAGGAUGCCUAUGGUGUUGCUGGUGGGAUUGCAGAACAAGCAACCUCAUCAAUCCGAACAGUUUAUUCAUACGUGGGGGAGCGUCAAACACUUGAUAGGUUCAGCCGUGCACUUGAGAAGAGUAUGGACCUUGGUGUAAAGCAAGGACUUACAAAGGGAUUAUUGAUAGGGAGCAUGGGAAUGAUUUAUGCAGUUUGGGCAUUUCAGUCUUGGGUAGGAAGCAUUCUUGUUACUCGGAGAGGAGAAAGUGGUGGCCGUAUAUUCAUAUCAGGAGUCUGUGUCAUCCUAGGAGGAGUGUCCAUCAUGAAUGCUCUCCCCAAUCUCUCAUUCAUCUCAGAGGCAACAACUGCUUCUACACGGAUUUCUGAGAUGAUUAACCGAACUCCUGCUAUAGACUCUGAAGAUGGUAGAGGAAAAGUUCUAGCACAUGUGAGAGGAGAAAUUGAGUUUAAAGAUGUUAGUUUCACUUAUCCAUCAAGACCAGAUACCACAAUUCUUCAAGGACUUAAUCUUAAAGUGACAGCUGGUGAAACGGUAGGCAUUGUUGGAGGCAGUGGUUCUGGCAAGUCCACAAUCAUUUCUUUGCUAGAGAGAUUUUAUGACCCCAACAAAGGAGACAUUCUUCUUGAUGGAUACAAAGUAAAGAGACUUCAGCUUAAAUGGUUGAGAUCUCAGAUGGGACUUGUGAAUCAAGAGCCAGUACUUUUUGCAACAUCCAUUAAGGAAAAUAUUCUUUUAGGCAAAGAAGGAGCUCCCAUGGAAAUUGUUAUAAGUGCAGCUAAGGCUGCAAAUGCACACGAGUUCAUCACCAAAUUACCUGAUAAAUAUGAAACUCAAGUAGGGCAGUUUGGAGUUCAAUUAUCUGGAGGGCAAAAGCAAAGGAUUGCUAUAGCAAGGGCUUUACUGAGAGACCCAAGAAUACUUUUGCUGGAUGAAGCUACAAGUGCUCUGGAUGCACAGUCAGAAAGAUUGGUACAGGAUGCCCUUGACCAGGCUUCACAAGGACGAACAACCAUCAUCAUUGCACACCGCCUUGCCACAAUCCAUGCAGCAGAUACCAUUGUAGUUCUAGAAUCGGGAAGAGUAGUUGAAUCAGGUCCUCAAAAUGUGUUGAUGCAAAUGAACAAUGGAGAAGGUGGGGCCUAUUCUAGAAUGGUGCAAUUGCAGCAAUCCUCAAUGCAGAAUGAAGACCACAAUCGUUCCAAUAGUCUAACAGAAGGUAGAAAUGACCAAAAAAUGAUCAAUGCCCACACCCCCCAGAUCACUCCUACAAGUGCAAAAUCAAGCUUGCAAAGUAGCCCUGCUUUCCCCUUCAAGCCUCCAUUUUCCAUUAGUGUACCACCUUCCUUCCAAACUCAAACUUCUGAUGACAGAUAUGAUGAGGGCUUAGAUAAGUCCUCUUUUGCUCGUCCUUCUCAGUGGCGUUUACUGCAAAUGAAUGCACCUGAGUGGAAGAGAGCCUUGCUUGGGUGCUUAGGGGCUGCUGGUUUUGGGGCAGUUCAGCCAGUUCAUGCCUAUUGCUUAGGAUCAAUGGCCUCAGUAUACUUCAAUAGAGAUCACUCCAAACUUAAAUCAGAGACCAAAUUCUAUUGCAUAAUCUUUUUAAUCCUAACAGUUCUUAGCUUCAUCACCAAUCUCCUCCAACAUUACAAUUUUGCAAUAAUGGGUGAGCGUUUAACCAAAAGGGUAAGGGAAAAAAUGCUUGGAAAUGUGCUUACUUUUGAGAUUGGGUGGUUUGAUAAAGAUGAAAACACAAGUGCUUCAAUCUGUGCACAACUAGCCACUGAAUCAAACAUGGUUCGAUCACUUAUUGGAGAUCGUAUGUCAUUGCUUGUUCAGGUCUUCUUUAGUGCUUCCCUAGCAUUUGUUCUCGGAUUAGUGUUGACAUGGAGAGUUGCCAUUGUAAUGAUUGCCAUACAGCCUUUAAUCAUUGGGAGCUUAUACUCAAAGAUUAUGCUAAUGAAAAGCAUGUCCGAGAAGGCAAAAAAAGCACAAAAUGAAGGAAGCCAACUAGCAAGUGAAGCAGUGGCUAAUCACAGGACUAUCACAGCCUUUUCUUCUCAGAAAAGAAUAUCGAGUCUCUUCUCAACUACACUGGAAGGCCCUAGGAAGGAGAGCAUCAAGCAGUCAUGGUUUUCGGGUUUAGGCUUGUUCAGCUCCCAAUUUCUGACAACAGCCUCUAUAGCUUUGACUUACUGGUAUGGAGGAAGGCUGAUGAAUCAGGGAUUAGUAACCCCUAAGCAUCUGUUUCAAGCUUUCUUCAUCUUAAUGAGCACAGGAAAGAAUAUUGCAGAUGCAGGAAGCAUGACAUCAGAUUUGGUGAAAGGUAGCAAUGCCAUAAGAUCAGUUUUCGCAAUUCUAGACAAGAUAAGUGAGAUUGAGCCUGAAGACCCUGAAGGGAUCAACAUUGAAAAUUCAAUUAGAGGCCUUAUAGAGCUGAAGAAUGUGUUCUUCUUUUACCCAUCAAGGCCUGAUCAAAUGAUCUUCCAAGGCUUGAGUCUCGGAAUUGGAGCUGGAAAAACAGUGGCACUUGUGGGACAAAGUGGUUCAGGCAAAUCAACAAUAAUUGGACUAAUUGAGAGAUUCUAUGAUCCAAUAAAGGGCUCAGUACUAAUAGAUGGACAGGACAUCAAGAACUACAAUUUGAGAAAGUUGAGGUCACAUAUAGCAUUAGUGAGUCAAGAACCCACUCUUUUUGCAGGAACUAUCCAUCAAAACAUCAUCUAUGGCAAAAAUGAUGCCACGGAAGCUGAAAUAAGGAAGGCUGCAAUUCUUGCUAAUGCUCAUGAAUUUAUAAGUUCCAUGAAAGAUGGCUAUGAAACUUACUGUGGAGAAAGAGGAGUCCAGCUCUCAGGAGGUCAGAAGCAGAGGAUAGCACUUGCUCGAGCAAUACUGAAGAACCCAGCGAUCCUCCUCUUGGACGAGGCAACCAGUGCCCUUGAUAGUGUGUCAGAGAAUCUAGUCCAGGACGCACUGGAAAAAAUGAUGGUGAGUAGGACUUGUGUCAUUGUAGCUCAUCGCUUAUCCACCAUUCAAAAAUCAGACUCCAUAGCUGUGAUAGAGAAUGGGAAGGUUGUGGAACAAGGAUCACACUCUGAUCUACUUGCUGUGGGGAAUCAUGGGUCUUAUUACUCCUUAAUAAGACUGCAAAGCACCCAAUCUUCUAAACCGUGAGCCAAGGUAAUAGCCACAUAUGAAGCAUUGUCUGAUAGACUGAUUCUGCAUUGUCUGAUAUACAAAUUCUUCUGUCUUCAUCUAAGGGUCGUUGUUUUCUUCAGCGAUAAAAAACCUCAAUAUCAGUGUUAUUUCUGCGAGUCUUAAAGUAGUUAGAUAUGUGAAAUCCGCAUGAGUCCCACUUCA